CAAGGUAGAAUUAGAAGAAGAGCGUAACUACGAAAACGCCCUUCUGGUCUACCCGUCCUUCCUCGCCGGCUGUUCAUUUUUGUGGCUUCCAUUUCCUGAUCUCUCUCGUUCAAUCCAUAUAUAUAUAUAUAUACACACACACAUAUAUCUCAAUUAUUCUCUUUUUGUAAUCUCUAUAUAUAAUCUUUUUUUGAAUUUUUGUUUGCGGAUUUGAUCUCCUUUGAAAUUUUCGAAACCCUCGGGUUUGUUUAUGCUCUGACCGAUCUCCGCAAAUCCGAUCCAUUUGAUCUUUCGUUAUGGAGCGCGUAAUCGGCGGCAAGUACAAGCUUGGCCGCAAGAUCGGCAGCGGAUCGUUUGGUGAAAUCUACCUCGCUACUCAUAUCGAGACGUUCGAAAUUGUCGCGGUGAAAAUUGAAAACAACAAAACGAAGCAUCCGCAAUUGCUUUAUGAGGCGAAAUUGUAUAAUAUUCUUCAAGGAGGAAGCGGUAUUCCUGCUACUAAAUGGUCUGGUAUAGACGGGGAGGAGAAUGUGCUUGUCCUUGAUUUGCUUGGACCGAGUCUCGAAGAUCUCUUUGUAUAUUGUGGGAGGAAGUUCUCGCUGAAGACAGUUUUGAUGUUGGCCGAUCAAAUGCUCACACGAAUAGAGUACGUUCAUUCCAAAGGAUUUCUGCAUAGAGACAUAAAGCCUGAUAACUUCCUCAUGGGACUUGGCCGCAAAGCAAAUCAGGUUUACAUAAUAGAUUUUGGACUAGCAAAAAGAUAUCGAGAUGCAACUACCAACCGACAUAUUCCCUACAGGGAGAACAAAAACCUAACAGGGACAGCUCGCUAUGCUAGUUGCAAUACUCAUCUUGGAAUUGAGCAAAGUCGGCGGGAUGAUUUGGAGUCUCUUGGAUAUGUGCUUCUAUACUUUUUGAGAGGAAGCCUUCCGUGGCAAGGAUUGAAAGCUGCCACAAAAAAGCAAAAAUAUGAUAAAAUAUGCGAGAAGAAGUUAUCUACUCCUAUUGAGGUCCUAUGCAAGUCUCAUCCAGUGGAGUUUGCUUCAUACUUCCAUUACUGCCACUCUCUGACAUUUGAUCAGCGACCUGAUUAUGGGUUCUUAAAGCGAUUGUUCCGUGACUUAUUUGCUCGUGAAGAAUAUGAAUUCAAUUAUGUUUUUGAUUGGACAAUCAUGAAGUACCAGCAGUCGCAGAAGAACAGAGCCCAGCCACGAGUGUCUCCGGUUCUUGUUGGUACACAUAAUCAUCAUGCAAUGCCUACGGAAGGGGAGAAUCGCCAAGGUGCGUUUAAUAAUUAUUCAGCUGAGGUUACAGAUCGUGUUAGAUCUGACCAUGUUUCAAGCCCUGCCGUGCGACUGCAUUUUAAACAAGCAACUCCAAAGAAUUUGAGUUCUGAUAAUGCUCUUGACAUGAAUGCUCUAAAUGAUUCUCGCAUGGCCACUGCAUCAUUUACACCUGCUGGUAGCUCAAGAGGAAACUCUUCUAAACCUUUGCAAUCCACUGAAUCUCCAAAUCUCAUACAUGGAAAUGGUCACAAGGUUGGUCCUUCAGGUAGCUGGAUUUCAUCAUUACAGAGAAUUUCAUCUGCAAAGUAAUCAAAAUGCAACAGAUCUGGCCAGGACUAUUCUAAACUACGUCUAGAAGCUGCAAAUUGUGACGAUUUUAUGUUAUCUUUUUGCAAUGUAAUCGAAGAGAUUAUGGUGAUUGAAUGGCAGAAGCCGCAACAUGCUUGCUCGUUUACUGACUGUGUUAGUCCCUGAACUAUUGCAAGCUCAUGUUCUUUUAUUUCAUUUUUGCAAAGGUGACUAAAAUGCUUUGGUGGUUACAGAAUGCCAUCUUUCUGAAGCAUGGCUUCUGCUGUGUAAAUAGAAGUGAAUCACAGCAAUCUUGUACCUAUGGUUCCAUGUAUCAUUACUGGUGUGAAAGAAUUUCGUGCUUUUAACCUAUUUCUGUUACCAUACUUUAAAAUUCCUUUUGUAAGGCAAUAUUCCUAUUGCCCAAUAAUACCUCUUUUAUUAUUGUGAGUGCAAUAUUAAUCACUUCAGCAUAGUUUAGACUAGAGUUUGAAACUAA